CUUGGGGCGCUGGAGAGAUGGCGGAGUUGGACGUCGGGCAGCACUGCCAGGUGGAGCACUGUCGGCAGCGAGAUUUUCUUCCAUUUAUUUGUGAUGGUUGUUCAGGAAUAUUUUGCCUUGAACACAGAAGCAGGGAGUCUCACGGUUGUCCUGAGGUGACUGUAAUCAAUGAUAGACUGAAGACAGAUAAACAUAAAUCUUAUUCAUGCUCAUUUAAGGACUGUACUGAAAGAGAACUUGUGGCAGUUAUGUGUCCUUAUUGUGAGAAAAACUUCUGCCUAAGACACCGUCAUCAAUCCGAUCAUGAGUGUGAAAAACUAGAAAUCCCAAAGCCUCGAAUGGCUGCCACUCAGAAACUUGUUAAAGACAUUAUUGAUUCCAAGACAGGAGAGACAACAAAUAAACGACGGAAAGGAGCCAAAAAUAGUGAAACAGCUGCAAAGGUUGCAUUGAUGAAAUUAAAGAUGCAUGCUGAUGGGGAUAAGUCAUUGCCUCAGUUUUUUCUUAUGCCAUUUUGUGGAUUUCUUUUGUCCCAGAUUUUGGCAUUGCCUGAGGCACAAGCUUUUGGAUUUGUAAUGACCUGCACAUGCCCAGGAGGGGGUGGGGGCUAUCUCUUUGCUCUGCUUCUAGAAGGAGAUGUCACUUUGGCCAUUUUGAUGACUUGCACAUCAACAUUACUGGCCCUGGUAAUGAUGCCUGUCAAUUCUUACAUAUACAGUAAGAUAUUAGGGUUAUCAGGUACAUUUCAUAUUCCUGUUUCUAAAAUUGUGUCCACCCUCCUUUUCAUACUUAUACCGAUAUCAGUUGGAAUAGUCAUCAAGCGUAGAAUACCUGAAAAAGCAAUCUUCUUAGAGAGAAUAACUAGACCUCUGAGUUUUAUUUUAAUGUUUAUAGGGAUUUAUUUGACUUUCAGAGUGGGAUUAAUGUUUCUAAAAACAGCUAACCCAGGGGUGCUUCUGCUGGGUCUCUUGGUUCCUGCUUUGGGUUUGUCGUUUGGGUACUCCUUUGCUAAAGUUUGUAUGCUGCCUCUUCCUGUUUGUAAAACCGUUGCUAUUGAAAGUGGGAUGUUAAAUAGUUUCUUAGCCCUUGCCAUCAUUCAGCUCUCUUUUUCACAGUCCAAGGCAGAGUUAGCCUCUGUGGCUCCUUUUACAGUAGCCAUGUGUUCUGGGUGUGAAAUGUUGCUGAUCCUUCUGGUCUACAAGGCUAAGAGAUUUAUUGCAGAAGAUAAAAGAAAAAAUAAUUUCCUACUCUAAUGAAGCAUUACUGAAUUCUUACUCUGGGAGAGGCACUGUGGGAGAUUCAAAGAAUAGCUAAAAUAAUACCUACUCAUAAGCCACUUGUGAUCUGGUUAAAAUUUGAAAUUGGGGGCAGGGAGGAAAG